AUGGAAGGCGCUCUUAAACUUAACAACAUGCUCGCCGAUUUGAUCGAAGAUCUAGGCGGAAAAGCAUAUCGGAUCGAAACUGUCGAUGGUCAAGUCGUGGUUCCGGAAGAACUCAAACCAAAGCCCGAACCACAGCCCGAACAAAAACAAGAGCACGAACCAACUAAGGAGGACCCAAAGCCCGAACCAGCACUUGAACCAGCACCGGAACAAGCACCUGAACCAGCGGCUGAACCAAUUCUAGAAGAACCCAACCAGGAAGAACCAACAAAAUGUCAACUCAAUCCCGCUCAAGAAAAAAGUCCAGAAAAACCCAAAGAAGUACCAGCUCCUGAGGAAGAGGCACCAGAAAAAGCUCCGGAAGAACCAAUUCCAGAAAAAGAAGUAGAAGUAGAAACAUGUGAAAAAAAAGCUCCAGAAGCCCCUGAAGAAGAAAAAGAAGUUCAAGAAAACGAAGAAGUUAACGAGGAAAUCAAACAAGCAAAAGAAGAAGGAAAAAAGAGCCGAGAAGCAGCACGGGAAAAAUACGGCGCUGGGCUCAAAUCCGCUUUCCAGACAAUCGACCAAGACGGAAGUGGCUACGCGACAGUCGACGAAAUUACGAAGGCUAUGAUUGCCAAGGGAGAAGUUUCUCCUGGUGAUCGAGAAGCUGAAUUUUCAGCCGCUCUUAAAACCUACAUCUCAAAACUCAAAUACGACAAAACUCGUCCAGGUGAGCUGAAUGAAGAAGAAUUCGUCAAGUUUUGGGCCGAUUUGUAUGCUUUUUUCAACAAGAUCGACAAAGAUGGAGACAAACAAAUCGAAGUAAUUGAAACCGUUGAGCUCCUGGAAGCUCGAGCUGAUCGAUAUGGACUCACCAAAGACGAUAUCAUGAAGAAAGUCGACUUUUUCUACAAAAACGCCGACUACAACAAAGACGGGAAAAUCUCCAUCAUCGAAUUUUUCAUUAGCCUGCCCGAACUUGAAAAGCUUCUGCUCAGCAAAAAUUGA